UUGCUGCUGGGCGCUUCGGGGCUGAGCGGGCGCUGCUGGACCGGUUCCCUCUGGGUCUUCGCCGAUCCCCACCGCGCCCCCAGCGAGGGCUUCUGCACCGCCGGCGUCCAGACCGAGGCGGGCGUCGCCGACCUGUGCUGGGUGGCUGACAGGGGCAUCCUAGUUGCCUCCGACUCCGGCGCCUUGGAGCUGUGGGAGCUGGAGGAGAACGAAACCCUCAUUGUCAACAAGUUCUGUAAAUACGAGCACGAUGACAUCGUGAUGACGGUGGCCGUCCUGGCCGACAGCACCCAGGCUGUCAGUGGUGGCAGUGACUUCUGUGUGAAGGUCUGGGACCUGCCCCAGCAAACGGUGCUGCACUCCUACAGAGCUCACUCUGGUUCAGUGACCUGUGUGGCUUCCUGUCCUGGUAAGGACACUGUGUUCCUGUCCUGUGCUGAGGACAGCAGAACUUUACUCUGGGACACCAGAUGCCCCAAACCAGCUACUCGAAUUGUUUGCAGUGCCUGUAAUCACCUCCCUACCUCAGUCAUGUGGCAUCCACAGAAAAGUGACAUCUUUGCUUUGGGUGAUGAAAAUGGAACGGUUGCACUGGUAGACACAAGGAAUCCUGAUUCUGCCCUCAGUUCCACUGUGCAUGCCCGAAGCAUCACAGGGUUUGCAUUUUCUACACAUAGUUCCCCUUUGCUGGCUUCAAUCAGUGAAGACUGUUCUGUGGCUGUUCUUGACUCAGACCUCUCAGAGGUGUUCAGAAACCGUUCGCAUCGAGACUUUGUAAAAGGCUUAUCGUGGUCUCCUUCCGACAAUGCCUUGCUCACUACAGUUGGAUGGGAUCAUCAGGUUUUACAUCACACUGUCCCCAUACCAACUGGUGAAGCUUCUGGAGUCAACUGUGUAAAAGAAUAGUUUUAUAAACAUGGUCCAAAUUCCUUUCUGGCAUUACUUUGAUUCUGGUGAAGUCAAAGGUAUGUGUGAACUGGAGUGGGUACGGGCUGUUGUCUGCCUUCAGGCUUGUGACUAAGAAGGUUCCUGUAGUAAUUUCAAAUUAGGCUAAGUUAGUUACAAAGCAAGCUUUACCCUCUCCUCAGGAGUUGCUUUCGCCUGUGAUAAGACUUCAGUAUUUUACUCAUUAAAAA